UUUACUGAGAGAGAUUAGAAACACAAAUUCUUACCUGAAUGUCUGGGUGGUGGAGGAUGGGACAAACUUAUCCUGGACUAAAAUUUAUUCACACCAUCACCACCAAAUUUUCUGCUUCCCAGAGAGAGAUCUCCACAGAAAACCUGAACCUCUGCAUAAAAAAGGGACUUAGGGAGAGGCUACACCUUUAUUUGAAAUAUUUAUGUCCCAUCCUGACAAACAAGCAGCAGUUUCAAACUUUUUUUGCUUCACAAUGAGGAUUUUCUCCUCUUUAAAAGAUUCUCAAAAGAGCUGGGGGGCAGCAGUUAAGGAAUAAUCAUUUUAUAUGUCCAGCAAGGCAGUUUCAGAACCAAGUUUUGGGUGGUUUCUGCACAGCUGGAGGAACAUCUGUUAUCUCACCUCAACAGGACUGUUGGUUCCAGGAACCCUCCAGUGUUCCCAGUUCUUUUUGUAAUUGCAAUAAAGAAGUUUUUUUGUUUGUUUGUUUUCACCCUCCAGGUGGUUGAUGAAGGUUUUGCUGUGGGAUCCAUCUCCAGGGCUUGAUGUGGAGUCCUGGCCGCUCUGUGAAAAGACUCAGCCAUGGCGGGCAAAGGCAAAAAACGCAAGGGUAGGAAAGGCAGAAGAUCCAGAAAGGGUGGAAAGAAGCAGGUGAAAGGAGUGGAUAUCUUCAGCCCAGCUGCCAUGCUCAACGCUUACUACAUCUCUCACAACGCCGCUGCCUUCCUGGAAUUCCGGGGCUAUCCCUGGCCUGGCUCUCUCAAAAAGAAGGGGAAGAAAAAGAAGUGAAAAUCAAACUCCCCCCAUGAAGAACUUUGCUUCGUGAUUAAAUCCACCCUAACCUCUGCUGUGGUCAGCUGAAA